AUGCAGGCCAGUUUGAGUAAUGAUCCCUCAUACAGUGCGCAGGACCUUAGUAAAAGUAACAUCCCUUUUCUUGGAUCUGAUGAAAGGCUGCAGCACCUGAACGAAUUCAGGACAGAUGAGCACCAAGAUGACAUGUACUACCAGCAUUCCCAACAAGGUGACCUCCACCAGCAGACCACCCUCCACCUUUACGACCCAACCAGCCAGCAUCAAAGCCACGACCUUGAGUACCACAUGGACAGCAUGCCUCAGCCGCACCAAGCCCAUCAGUACUCUGCUGCUUCACUGUCACACGCAGACACGUCCAGGAUCUUUGAGGACCACCCAGAGAAUGUGGGCUUCAUGGAGAGCCAAUACUCAGCUCAGUACUACAGCAAUGGGAAUGUUACAACCGACCUGCCCAUGUUUUCACAGCAGUGUGCAGUGGGCUCUGAGGCUCCGGUCCUUGGUAACACAGCUAAUCGUCCGUGCAACAUUCCUUUCAGCAGUGCACCAACAGGUAAAAAAAUGUUUAAAAAAUUUUUUUGUAAUAGUAAAAGCCAAAUUCAUAUCCACAUCAUCAUAUGAAAAAAUAUUAUUCUUACUUGAAAGAAACUUUUUUUAUAGGGUUGUAACCUCAUAUUUGGCUAUGAACUUAUAUGUUGGAUAUUACCUAAAUGAACCGAUGAAGUAUCAUUAAACUUUGACAAAAUAAAAUCUUUCUACACAACAGAUUGAGACUCUUAAUCUCAAGAAUAUAAUAAGAUGCCAUAAAUAUGAAUGAGAGUUUUUUUAAAUUUAUAUUUGUUUAUUGAUGAAUUAAGACUACUCCUAAAAUCUCACUCUUAGGUCUUCAGCUUGAGUUUCAUUAAGAAUAAUCCUAAAAUCUCACUCUUAGGUCUUCAGCUUGAGUUUCAUUAAGAAUAAUUCUAAAAUCUCACUCUCAGGACUUCAGCUUGAGUUUCAUUUCCCCACGGAAGAUGAAGAUGAAUCUACUAUAGAAAAGCAGCCUG